AUGGCGAAGGUCAGCGGAAUCAGCGACAAAGUCGCCAUCGACGCGCUUAGGAAGGCGCUCUGGUACAAGUCGAAGUUCAGAAUGUGGAUAACGCUCGAAAAACCUCGCACGAUCCAGGACGCCCUCCACAAAGCCUCGGAUUACAUAAUGAUCGAAGAGGAGACGAAAGUCCUGUCGCAAAAACAUAAACCAACAAGGAACUCUUCAAAAGACGUGGAUCCGAAAUCAAAGAAGAAAACCUCUCGCGCGUACAACUACACGAUCAAUCCGGAGCAAGGCAGGACUUCGGGAAAUACGUGGAACCGUAACCAGAGUUACGACAAAAACGUAUACUGCGAGUUCCAUCAGACCGAAGGUCACUUCACGGCUAACUACAAAGUCGUAGGGGCAAGGCUGGCCGCGAAGCUGCUUGCUGGAGAACUCUCUGGAGUAACCAGCGUCAAGGACCUAAUCCUCGACUCCGACCGUCCGCCAAAAACCAACAAGAAUCCUCCCGCAGAGAACUCGUCGCUGAGAAAUCAGGCGGGGGAUAAGCGCGAGAGAAGACCAGACGAUAGGGGAAACGAUAACUCCCGAAGGAGGGUCAACAUGAUCAUGAGAGGAUCCCAAUACUGCAAGGACUCGGUCUUGGCCAUCAAGGCCUACCAACGGAAAACCGAGUCGACUGCGAAGUAUCCUCCACGGUCGCCUCCUCGAGAUGGACGGAACACCUCGAUCACAUUCACUGAAGAAGAGGCAUGCGGAAUCGAUCAGCCUCACUGCGACCCCUUGGUCGUCGAUCUCGUGAUAAGAGAUCUCGAAGUUGUAAGGAUACUCAUCGACACCGGAAGUACGGUAAACUUAAUCUUCCGCGAUACCUUAAGAAGGAUGGGCGACGAGCUCGGAGAAGUCACCCCGGUACCAAAACCGCUCACGGGUUUCUCCGGACAAACGUCCAUGACCCUUGGAUAG